GUGCAAAAACCCCACGUGUGGCGCGCAAUCGUAAUAUCAGGAAGUAGCAUUCUUUCCAUAUUGAGUGGUUUGAGAAUCGGACACUGAUUAAGAAGUGGUAUUAAUAGUACAUCAUGAGUUCUUCUGAGUGUUACAAAUGCCACCGUACUGGUCAUUUUGCUCGAGAGUGUACACAGAGUGAUGGAAGAGGAGGUGGAGGAGGAUACAGAGGACGUGGUGGUGGAGGGGGUUUUCGUGGUGGCCGUAACAACCAACGAGUUUCUUGCUACAACUGUGGGAAAAGUGGCCACAUUGCACGAGAAUGCAGGGAACAAGAGAGAACCUGCUAUAUGUGUGGCGCCCAAGGGCAUAUAUCACGGGAUUGUGAGCAAGAGGAUAGGAAAGUAAAAUGCUAUGUCUGUGGCAAGAAUGGCCAUAUUUCACGAGAGUGUCCAGAAGGUGAGAAAGAUGACCGCAAGUGUUAUAACUGUGGAGAAACUGGACAUAUAAGUCGGGAUUGCCCUGAAGGUGGUGAAGCUGAUGACACAGUUUGCUAUCGUUGCAACGAGAAGGGACACAUCGCUCGCAAUUGUCGUUCCACUCGUACCGGUAACAAGUGCUAUCAUUGUGGCGAGUUUGGCCAUAUUGCUCGUGAUUGUGAAUUGAAAGCCUAACCUCUCCUGCCUACCCACGUCACAGCCUCUUGAAUGUGUUGGUCGUUUGGCACAUGUGAGAUCCAGCUCCUUACACCCUAGCUGCAUCUGGCCGAGACAAGCUGGUCUUGAGCUGUGGAUGUCUUGAAUUUUGAUGUUGGUGAGCUAUUUGUCAUCUACAUUGGUAUCUUCUGUAGGGGUGGCUAUUCAGAAUUUUCAGUAGGGGGCAGUAUCCAGCAGUCUGUAGAGUUUUACCUACUGGUUUCAAGUUGUUUGUUAAAUCUUUGCUUAAUUCCAUAUGUAAUUGUAACUGUCUUGUAGAUCAUCUUUUAUCACAUAGAAAUAAAACUGUCUCUACCAAAGUUUGUGUUAACUCGCAAACAGCAUUUAACUUUUCGAGAAUUACCAUUGGUAAUGAUAAAUUUGAUACAAGUCAGAAACCCAACGUAGGAGUGGACUUGACUGCCCUCUCUUAAUGACCUUGUAACAGUGAAACCAACUGAAAUUUAGGCAGGAGUGAUGUGUUGUGAUGAAGGUUGUCGCCGUGGGAGAAAGGAGGUUUUUACCCUUUAUUGCCACUUGUGUAGCAUAAAUCUUUGUAAUCAAUUGGGUAACAGCUGCCCAUUGGUAGCAUUUAGCCUAACAGAUCUUGUUUGAAUUUUAUUUCAUCUCCACCAGUAAUUUCUUUAUGGCACAUUACUAUUCUUUUGUGUAAGACAUUGUAAUUCACUUUACCUUUGUUGAGUGGUUAGGUGCAUGCAUAUAAAUGUGGAGAGUUACUCUGAUCUUCAGUUUCAAAUAGAUCAUUAGCUAGCUUUAGAACUCUUUUUUUAUAUAUAUAUACACAUAAAGAGUUUACUUGCUGAAUGUAAAAUUAGUUCCAGAAGACACUUUUCAAGAUGUCAUUGUUUCAAGUGGGAGAUGCCUUUAUGUUGGAGUGAACAUACUUUCUAUUGAAAGCUUACAUUUGUAAUGACUAAGCUCUUUUUAAGUUAAAACUACUGAACAGUCUUUUGACAUAAUUUUUCCUGACCAUUAAUCAGUACCAUUUUAAGUUUCAAAAUCUAUUUUGAAAUAAGUGCAUUGAAAAAAAUAUUAAUAUCAAUAAAUUAUAACAAAUAAGUUACAGGAAGUGUAAAGGAUCAUGUUAAUUUUAAGUAAUAUUUAAAAAAUGCCAAACAAAGGAAAUAUUGUUUACUUCAAAGUUAAGUUUGGAUUUUUCAUAGUGUGUGCAUGUCAAUAAAAUACUCAUUUCAAAUAAUGUUCUUACAACACAGUAUUUUAAAAUACUUAAUUUAUACUACUGUAUUUAAAAAAUACAUAUAUUUAUGAUUAAAAAUGAAAUAGUGUUUCAGUUAACGUACUAAUUUUAAGUAGUGGUAAUUUAUGGCAAGUGACAAGGCGACAUUUUAUUGUAGAUAUGGUCAUCUGCCAGUUGUUUUUUUUAUGUUUGUUUCUGUAAGUGCAAAUAAAAAAAACUUUUAUAGAGAACAGGAAACAAAUGAAGGGGGAAUAUGAGCAAUAUUUUCAGAAAGAAACGUUAUAUUUAAAGCUUUCCUUUUAUCUCACUAGUAGGUGAUCUUCAGAACUGGGGGCUGGGUGUGGCCUGUUGGUUAUUGUGCCUGACUGUGAAUCCAAGUGUCCAUGGUUCACGCUUUGUUGCUUCAAAAAUCAUGCCCUGCACUAAGGGGGCAUGGGUGUGUUGUGUUAAAAGAGUGGUGAUCAAAGCCCAGGAGUUAGUUGUGGGUGCAGUGAGUUCAAAUUUAAGGAUAGAUAAUAUAGCUAUUUCUUAGCUUUGUACAAAUUUCCAAACCAACUUUCAGAACUGAUUAAAUUGUGUUUGCAAAAAUGGUCUUCAUACCUGAUUUUUGAUGAAGUUAUCUUCAUGAAUUAGCAAUUAGUAUAAUAAGAACCAAUUGCAAUUGGGUACAGAAUGUUUGGUAAUAAUUGUAUUGGUCAAAAUUAUUAUAAGAUUGUUUCGUGGUAGCCAACAGAAAUGUGCUCAGUGCUGCAAAAAAGUGUUUAAUGGUAACCAGUUGAAACUAUCUUCAAACUUAACCAAAAUUCAUUUCUUAAUAGCCCAAUGAACUUUUUUUUUUAAAUAAAAUAUUAAGGUAAUAUUUUGCUAAUUGAUUUGUAAGGACGAGGUUCAGCCAAAAUAAUUCAUACAAGAGCAACAUAUUUUCUUUCAUUUCAUUUGUUUCUGGCUAAAAAAAAAGUAAUUCUGAUGAGAUAAGAAAAGCUGUUACAGUUACAGCAAGUUUUGCCAGUAUAAUUUCAUAUGUUCAGGGAUGAGAAUUGGCAGGUUUAUAUAAUUUCUGUUGUCAACUUUGUCACCAACCUAACUAAUUCAAAUUCAGUGAGAAAAAUGUUGGGUGGGGGGAUUUUACAACUAGUAGGCUUGAUUAGAGAUUGCCUUGUCAGCUUUGAUGUUUACUCGGCUGAAAUUUAUGUAUGAAGCUCUUUUUAACCGACUAAUUACAAAUCUUAAAACUUCUUUUGAAGACAAAGGUAUUCAAACACCACAUAAAUGCAAAAACUCCUUCAAAUGCAAUGGCGGGUGAUUGAAUGGGAUUAUCAUAGAGGUAGGCUUUAAAUUUUUUAUCAUUAUCCUUAGUUCUGUACACUUUUUUUUGCUCAUUUACUUAGUACUCCAUAGAAUAGACAUUUUCCUUUUAUUGGUCAUUAUUUUUGUGUGAAAACAUUUAGAUGAAGCCAUUUUAUAGAGAGAGACACAAUUCAAAGAACGUUGAGGGGGGUGUACAUUAAAAUUCUCAAAAUUGUUUUCAAUAAUUAAAGACAUACAAAUGAAAACAAAUUACAAAGGUAUCAGAUUUCACUGACUUCAAAAUAAUUUUCAGUCUUAAAUUAUAUAUGGGAGGGCAAAAUUGUGGGCCGAAAUUACACUUGAGAAAACAAUCCACACUUAUAUAACUUUGCCUACUUGUUUGUUUAUUAUUAUUAGGAAAAAGAACUUAGUAUCAUUAUCUCUUCUAAAAGACUUUUUUUUUUUAAAUAACUUGUCAGUAAUUUGACCUUAUGGAAACUGAUUUGUGUAAGUGUUGCCUAAAUAUUUAAUGAAAUAAAUUUGUAUUUCACUAUUUUAAUUAUUGCAGCUAUAAACGUGUAUGUGGUAUUUUUCUAAAUAUUUUAUGAAAUGACCAGGUUGUGUGCUACACAAUCUGUAAUUUUGAUCAUUGGAAAUUGAAUUGAAGUGGCAGAAGUCUAAUGUAGUGAUCAUCAUAGUAAAUAAUAUGAACAUGCAGUAUUUCAAAAUGACAUCAGAGAUCUCACUGAUCCCUCUGUCUUCCAGAGGUCUUUGUAAUUUUGAUCAUUGGAAAUUGAAUUGAAGUGGCAGAAGUCUAAUGUAAUGAUCAUCGUAGUAAAUAAUAUGAACAUACAGUAUUUCAAAAUGACAUCAGAGAUCUCACUGAUCCCUCUGUCUUCCAGAGGUCUCUGGUCUUUAUGGGCUGGGACCCAGGACCAGCCAGAGGUUUCACUUGCUGUUCUCAUCCCUGUAUGUUAUUAACUGCCAAGUACAUACAUAUUUUGCAUGUUUGAAAAGAAAAUUUUUGUUUUUAAAAAGAUCAUUUAAAAGAGAUUUGAAAUAUCUAUUAAAUCAAACAAUUUAUAAAUUUUUUGUGUGUGUGUGACUUGGUGUGACAAUACACGAGUCACUAUGUAAUGUAGGUGAGAUGGAGUGUAAAGUUACAAUUUGUGAAUGAAAAACACCUUCAGUGAUGGUAUGUUAAAAAUUACCUUAUUUUGGGGCAUGAAUAAAAGAGUUUAUAGCUAUUAUUGGUAAAUUACACACCUUAAAGUGUGAAUAUAUAUAUAUAAAGAUAUCUUAGUCAUUGUAAGAAGAAGAAAAAUGCACUCAAAUGCAAUGGUUUCAUGUGGUCCCAGUGAAAGUUGUGUAUUGAUAAUGUUGGCCACUUUUUUUUUCAUUUAACAGUUUUAACCAUUUAUCUGAAUUUAUCUUGUAACAGCAUUGAUACAGGAUAAAAUGUUGAUGUGGUAGAAUAUAGAUUAACUACUAAUGUUAAGUUAAAAAUCGUACAUUGUGUUUGAAGUAAAAGAGAUCUUAGAAUAUAAUUUUGGUGGGUUAUAAAUUAAAAACUGAUGAAUAUAAGUUAAAAACAGUACAAUGGAAUGUAGAAUAAUUAAUGGUGGUAAGUCAACCAUAAAAUCUGUGUGAAAGAGAUAAUAUGGCUGUGUUGGCCUAUGCAACCCACGUAUAGUGUUUUAAUUAGAUAUAUGUAUUGAAUCAUUGUUUUGGUAGUGCGCAGUGUUUGAAAUUACUUGGUUAUGUAAUAAUCUGUAUUUGGCAACCAAAGCAUUAUAUUUGAUUUUUGUUCUGAAUUGCAAGAAAUUCUCAAGUAUCUCUGUUGAAUACAGUUUUCUAUUUCAGGAUAUUUGUAUUCAUACUGUUGUGUUAUUUAUGCUGCUGUUCAAAAUUAGUGUUCAUAUUCAAUUUGUUAGAAUGUGUAUGAUGAACAUCUGGAACUGUCUCAUGUUUAAAAAAAAAAUCAAAUUUUAAUUUGACUUAUGUUUGACCAUUAAUUGAUAAAAAAGACUAACACAGUGGAAAAUGUAGUCAUUUUGAGUUUGAAAUUAAAACAUUACCAUAGCUCUGUAUGAUAGUAUUGAAAGCUAAAGUUUCCUGUAGUAGUUGGUGAGGAUUCUAGUUUUGUUUUUGUUUUAAUAGACAUUUUCUCCUUAUGAGAAUAAAGUUUUAUGGAAAGUAA